AUGUUUCAGACCGCCCAGCCCAGUAGAAAGAGUCCUAAGACGAAAGUACUUGAUCCUGAUAUUGAUUACUCGAAAGCUAAAAGUGUACACAGCAUCUCAUCAUGGUGGGGCAUUGGUGGCAUUUUCAUCGUACUGUUCGUGGGGAACAUUACCAACUAUACCAACUCCCAUCUUCCCGAUGGUUUACGUAAUGCUCAUCUAACACACUUUCCGAACGCCUUUAUUGCGGAACGUGCCUGGAAGGACCUGAAGAUACUGAAUGAUUUCGGCCCCAAACCAACGGGAUCGUACACGAAUGAAGUGUUGGCUGUGGACUUCCUGAAUCGGGAAAUCUCGUACAUUGAUCAGCUGAAAAACCGUAACCAGCAACUGAUCGUGCAGAACCAGGUGGUCUCCGGUGGCUACGUUGGCGUGUAUAUGAACAAAUCAGCCGCCAACGUAUACAGGCGCGUGCAGAAUGUUGUCGUAAAAUUGGUUGGUCGCAGUGAAAUGUCCACGCGCCAUGCACUGUUGCUAAACUGCCAUUUCGAUUCUGUUGCCGGAUCGCCCGGUGCAAGCGACGAUGUUAGCAGUUGCACCGUCAUGCUGGAGAUCCUGCGCGUUCUUUCCCGCCAAUCGGAAGUUAACCGGUAUUCGAUCAUUUUCCUUUUCAAUGGAGCAGAAGAGACGCCGCUACAAGCAUCCCACGGGUUUAUCACGAAGCAUCCGUGGGCAGCGGAUGUGCGGGCGUUUAUAAACCUUGAGUCAGCCGGUUCCGGUGGCAAGGAGAUGUUGUUCCAGAGUGGCCCAAAGCACCCGUGGCUUAUCGAUGCGUACGCUCGCUCUAUACCGUACCCCUACGCUCAGGCAGCCGCCGAAGAAAUCUUCCAAUCUGGUGUCAUUCCUUCGGAUACGGACUUUCGUGUGUUUCGCGACGUUGGUCGAAUUCCGGGCAUGGAUUUUGCUCAUACGGCCAACGGAUAUCGAUAUCAUACACGCUACGAUUCGAUUGAUUACAUUCCACUGUCGGUGUUGCAACGUACGGGUGACAAUAUCUUGGCCCUCACGAAAACCAUUGCCAAUGGAGAUGAACUGGGAAGCACCGAGCGAUAUGCACAAGGCUACAUGGUGUUUUACGACUUUCUCGGCCUGUUCUUCGUCUCCUACUCAGCUGACGUGGGGCUAAUGAUAAAUCUGAGCGUUGUGUUACUCUCCAUCAUAAUUCCGUUUCUAUCACUUGCUCGCUCGACCAGUGGAACCCACGGGAAGCAGAUCCGGUCGGAGACGAUGAUUGGUUUUAUGGGCACGUUUCUGGGUGCUGGUGCUAGCGGUUUGCUGUGCUUCUUCAUUGGUUUGCAGCUGGACGCGUUAGGCCGAUCAAUGUCAUGGUACUCGUCCACAAAUCUCAUCCUCGGAGUUUACUGUUGUCCGGCGUUGCUGUGCCAAUGCUUAGUUCAUCUGUUGUGCAAUCGUCUCUUUGGCAGCAAAACGACCCCGUUGAGCCUUGCGCUAAAAGUACAGGCACGCUUGAACGGAGUGAAUCUCUUUUGGGGCAUGAUAACGCUCGGUAUCACCUUCACCGGUUAUCGGCUUGCGUACAUCUUCAUGGUUCUGAUCCUGUGUUCGCUGGUUUCCAACACACUCAUUUCCAUGCUAGGCAUACAGAAUUCGGUCAAUAAGUGGCUACUGAUACAUGUAAUGUUUCAAAUCGUAGCCCUUGCAUGGAGCACCCAGUUCUAUCAUAUUCUGAUGAACAUAUUCGUACCGAUCACCGGCCGUAUCGGGUCCUCUAUUAAUCCUGAUAUUAUUAUUGGUGCGCUGGCUUCCUUUGCGACCCUGUUCAGUUGUAGUUUCCUCACUCCGUUGCUAUUUCUGCUGAAGAAAACUGAUAAACUGAUUGCCGAGUUAGUUGCCAUCACAUUGAUCGCGCUGACGUUGGCUUCUUCAACGCAUGUUGGGUUUCCGUACCGUGAUGACUCCUUGAAAGCACCUGCGGUUCAGCGGCACUACAUCACUCAUACGGUGCGCAGAUUUUACGACUACAAUGGUGGGGAACGCUACACGGAUUCAGGAUUUUUGCUGCAGGAGCUUGACCGUAAUGCAAAGAAAACGAUCGAAGGCAUCGCGAUGCCGGAUGCGGCGACACCGAUGCGUGAGAUACCAGCCUGUGAUAAGGAGCUGUUCUGUGCUAUACCAUUCUACUCGAUUUGGCAUCAGGUUUUGUUCGAAAACUAUUGGCUACCGGGACCAGCACCAAUUGUCCGUCAAAUGGUAACGAUAACGCUCAAGGAAAAGGAAAAAUUGAACGAUCAUGAACAUCGAUUGCAUCUGGAGAUGAAUGGUAGUUUUCAGUCCUCGCUCAUCAUUGGACCAAAAGCUGGAUCCACACUCAAGCGUUGGAGCCUGUUGAGUGAAAUUCCUACCCCUAUUGAGUUCAACGGUCAACGUGGCCACUUUGUGCUGCUUACAAACGGUCUCGAGGAUGAUGCAAUGAAUGUUACCAUGGAUAUACGGCACGAACUGAAAAAUUACGAUGGACCACUGCUAGACCUUCUAGUUACCACAACGCACUGGGAGUACCAAAAGGAGCAAACGCCCGUGUUCAACCGUCUUUUAGCGCGCGUCCCAAGCUGGGCACACGUUGUUCCUUCCGUCGCGGCCGUUAACAGCUAUACCUUCUAGUUUUACUUGACAUAUUGUGCUUACACUCUCUUUUAUCAAUAUCUACGCUCUUCUCGCGCGAAAAACUAAUAACUCAAUUACGAACAAAAAGGAAAGGUGUCCUGUAAUAGACAUUUAAGUGAUACUAAAAUCUCAGUGGGUUGUUCAGACCCAUAGUGAGGAAGAGGCUCUCAAACCAUUGUUUUGCUAUACGCUACAUUUUAUCUAUACACAACAUAUAAUGUAUGUACAACUGCGGGUUGUACGUAUGUUUUUAUGUGAAAUAGCGGAUUGCACAUACAUUAUGGCACCACGCAACGACCCCAGUUGAUCGCAGCUUUGCUUAGUUGAAUCAAAUGUUGCAAUUCUUUGUUCGUAUAAUAUUUGGAUCUUUGGAGUCUAUUGUUAGUGAACAAUCAUUGGCUCAAAUAGUAUGGAUUCGUUUUGUUUAGAGCAUGGAUAGCCGUUAAGAAAGUUCUCAAAAGACACAAAUUGCCUCAGGACGUUGAUUAAACGGUGAACAUUGAUAUAAUUUUGAACGGGAAGUUUCAUAGUAUGAAUUCAGUUCCCUUUUUGUAGCUAAUGCGCUUAAGAUACAAGGAAUACUCAACACAAAUUUCUCAAAAAUCGUUACUGUAUCUCUUCUAAUACCUAAUAUGUACUUUCGAAAGUUGCACUGGUUCGCUGUUACAGGAGAGCAAAGUGAUCGAUAGAGUGAUUAUUAAUACAUGCAUAGGUUUGGCUACGUUUUGUUCGCCCAUUACAAAAAAAAACAUUAAGAAAGCUUUUAAAGAUCUGAUCUAUUGUAAACGGUAAUCUCUGCCACAGAAACUUCUCAGCGCAAGGUUUCUCAGUUAUAUCGUAUGAAAAAGCUUUAAUAUAGCGAUGCAUUU